AUGAGACAGGAAGGACGCAAAAUUUAUUAUAUGGACGAGACGUGGUUGAAUGCUGGACAUACUCUUGACAAAGUGUGGACAGAUACCUGCGUUGAAUCAUCAAAGCAGGCUUUUUUAUCUGGCCUGUCUACUGGAUUAAAAGCUCCUUCUGGAAAAGGGGAGAGAUUGAUAAUAACCCACAUUGGCAGCGCAGCGGGAUUUUUACAGCAAGGACUCUUACUGUUCAAAUCGAACAAAAACAAAGAUUAUCAUAAGGAUAUGGAUGCGGCUUGUUUUGAAGACUGGUUUAAAAAUAUUUUGCCUCAUCUUGAACCAAACUCAGUUGUGAUGGAUAAUGCCCCAUAUCAUUGUCGAAGAGAAGAAAAGGUUCCAAACACAAAAUCUAAGAAACAAGAAAUUAUAGACUGGCUGAAGUCUAAAAACAUUAUCAGUGAUGAGGGAGAUUUGUUAGAAGCCGAAUUGUUGAAUUUAGUGAAGGCUAAUAAGCCCAGAUUUGAAAAUUUUGCCAUUAAUGAAAUCGCCUCACAUAAUAAUGUUACAAUUUUAAAACUCCCACCCUAUCACGCUGAAUUAAAUCCCAUUGAGCUGAUAUGGUCCCAAGUGAAAGGAUUUGUGGCCAAAGAAAAUAAAACUUUUAAAAUAGCCGAUGUCGAAGAAUUGUGCAGAAGAAGUAUAGGUGAAAUUGGAGCUGAGCAAUGGAAAAGAUGUAUUGAGCAUACUGAAAAAAUAGAAAAGCAAAUGUGGGAUUUAGACGAGGCCAUUGAAGCAACAGUUGAUUCUCUGGUCAUUAACGUGAAUUCCACCGACGAUGAAUCUACGAGCUCUGAGAGCGAAUCUUCAUGUAAGUAG